AUGUUGAUUGCGAGUCGGGCUCGCGCNGCCUACGCCGCUGCCCCCGUCGUCGCUAAGGCCUACGCCGCCCCCGCGUACGCUGCUUACUCCGCGCCCGCGUACUCUGCGUACUCCGCUCCCGCUGUGGCUGCGUACUCUGCCCCCGUCACCACCUACGCCGCGGCCGCCCCCGUCCUGAAAUCAGCUGUCGCGUACUCCGCUGCCCCCGCUGUCUCCCACAUCUCCUACAGCGGACACGGUGCCAACUAUGGUUGGUGAACUGAAUCUAGUCUACCUGUUCCUUUGGUAUAAACCAAAAAAAUUGGUGUAGCCAAAACCUGUACAUACUUACUUCUUUAAAAAAAUGAAAAGAUAAAUAUUUGUAAUAAAAUAUUUUUCAAAUACAAAAUGUUGACUAUGAUUUACUCUCCCGUUACAAAUAGAUGGUGUAUGUUAUUAGUUACACAAAAAAAACAGAAACAAGAUAGCUUUUUCUCUAAGCAUAAUUUAUU